UGUUUUUGUUUUGAAGAUGUGUGUUGUGAUGUCUAGUGUUACUCAUUGACAUCAACAGUGUUGUAUAAAUUAUGAAUUUCAUCUUGUUAAUGCAUUUAGAUAUAUUUAUAAACCACAUAUCACGGUACCAUGUGCUGAUUAGAGUUAGAUGUCUAGUGCGCACGUAACAAAGAGUACGCAGUUCUCAUCAGCACAACGAUACGCAAUUCUCAUCAGCACAACGACCUCAUCGUUUCACCAGAAUGGAAAACCAUUCAGCAAAACCGAAGAAAACGAGUCAAAUGACUGACGAGGAGAGGUUACAACUAGCAGAAAAGCUGGAUAAAGAACUGGACGAGUAUAUUGCAGGAUUAGAGAGACGUCCAUAUACCGAAGGAUGGCCGGAAGACCGUUGGCGAGAGGAAAUGGAGAAACAUCCUUUCUUCAUGACGAAACCACCAGAAGAAGGGCAGCCCUUGUCACCUCUUUUGGAAGGCAUUCAGCAACUGAAGUAUGAUGAAAGCGAAAAUACGCCAGAAGAAUUAGCAGCCACAUACAAGGAAGAUGGAAACUUUAACUUCAAGUGCAAAAAAUAUCGUGUUGCCAUCAUAAGUUAUACAGAAGGUCUUCGCCAGAAAUGCAGUGAUGAUUCAUUGAAUGCCCAGCUCUUCAACAAUAGAGCAGCAGCACACUUUUUUCUGAAAAAUUACAGAUCAUGUCUGGCAGACUGUCGUGCAGCUCUGAAGGUUCAGCCAGGCUACCCAAAGGCACUGUCUCGUGCGGCUGAGUGCAGUUUUCGCCUAUCAUUGUUUGAUGAUUGUAUUGCAUUCUGUGAUGAGAUGCUAGCAACAAGUACAAGCAACAAGGAAGCUUUAGAAUUGAGGGCGAAAGCUGUUGCAACAAAAAAGCGAGCUGAAAUGCAAGCUAGAAGACAAGCUGUUGCACGCAGAAAACAAGAAGCUGAAGAGAAGGAACUGGCAGCAGCCAUUAAAGAACGAAAUCUGAAUAUUGAAGGGCAAAGUGGUCCUGAGAUUAAACUGAAACUGCUUCAGCCAAUAAGUCCACAUGGGGUACAGAAACGUGUGCAUCUAAGUGAAGGCCGGCUGGUCUGGCCUGUUAUUCUACUUUAUCCUGAAUAUGAGACAUCAGAUUACAUUCAGGAGUUUCCUGAAGACUGUAGGUUUGAAGACCAACUGACAACAAUAUUUGAAACACCUCCCGAAUGGGACAAAGAAGGGAAGUACCGACCUGAAAAUCUUCGACUGUGGUAUGAGGACCGAGAGGAAAAAGUAAAAUUUCCUGUAAACAAGGAAAAUACACUGGGUGAAACACUUUCAGACAAGCGAAUAAUAAUUCGCAAUGGAACACCAGUCUUUUGUGUUGAAGUUGUCGGAAAGGACAGAAAAUAAGUUUCAUAUGUACGUGUGUGUCAGCACCAAGGCAGUAAGUAUGCAAAACAAAAAGAGGAAGGGGGCAUAUUUUCUCCAUGUGCCACCUAAUGUGCAUUAUAGUCUCACAAACCUUGUAGACAUUGAUUGUGUGUUUAUUUGUCUACUAGUUGAUUAAUGCUAAAAGACCAGUAGAAAAUUACUGGAGUAUAGCUUUGUGCCAGUGCCAGUAUCUGUCUCAUCUGCUACUACUACUGAUUAACUGCUUUAUAUUUAUGCAUUGUCAACAUUUUAAAAGUUGUGAUGAUCUUUAAGACACAAAUCCUAGUGGCCAGUUGUUAGGACGUAGAAACUUUUUAUUUGUUUUAGACUCGUAUAUGUGUUGGACUAAGUGUUUUGUGAUAUGUAAAGCCUUUCACUGAGUUAUACAUGCACACAUGUACUGUAAAGAGAGAAAGACUGCUUUCUGUAGAUGGAGGGAGAGAAGAAACCAGGUGCCAAAUGAUAAUGUGAAGUACAAAUUAAUCUUCCGUCAGAAAGAAAUCUUAGAACACCAGAAAUUAAAUGUUGACGACUAAUAGGUUGAUGGCUGCCCGUAGUAGGGCACAAGUAAAUUUAAAUUACAAGAAAUUGUAAACUAUAAAACAGAAAUACAGUGUAUUAUUUCCAGAUGGAUUGUUCAUUUCGGUGGUAUUGGGCCACUGUGAAAAAUGUUUGUAAUGUUUCUGUUUCUGUUAUACAUACUAGCUCUUAGAUCUGAUUCUGCUUAAAUUUGAAACAUACUAUUUGCAGAAUAUGUUGGUAUAUGGGGGAAAAUCCUAGAUAGUUAAGAUAGCCAAGUAGCAGGUAUUAUUUAUGAAACAAUGCCAUGAAUUAGAAUAUUUUGUGUUUAUUUAAUAUGUGGAUGAUCACUGUGUUGAGGAUAAGCACAUAUAAAAAAGUGGGGUUUUUUGCUCAAAUUAUAAAUGUGCGAGAGAGAUGCAUGUGCAUACUGUGUCAAAGAAUAAAAGUUUGUAAUAUUGGCUACAGUCAUCACUUUUUUUGCCUCAUAUAAUUUGUCACCAUGUCCCAUUACAGUUUAAUGACCAUCUUUCAAUCUUAUGAGAGCUUCAGACCAAGCUGGCCCGCUUCAUUCAUAUGGUUUUGCAAAAUCACUUCCAGUGUGUUCUAGAAUGACCAGCUUCCUCUCUAUCAUCAUCUAUCAGAGCUAGUGCUCCAACUAUGAUGGUCUUGAUGUUACUGAGACAUUACACUCUUAAGCUUCCUUUCUUCUUAUGUUUUAUUUUACUUUCUGUUCUGUGAUGUCUUCAAGCAGCAUCUGUUGUAAUAUUAUGUUUCUGCAAAUAAUAAAGUCCUAUGUAUGUACAUAUACAUCCCCAUUGACUAGAUUUCCAAAUCCAAUUUCUAACAAAAUGGAAAACUUGCAUCUGUACCAGGAUAUGAGUGAAACAAUAGCCCUUCAGCAAAUCUUCUGCUGUUUGACAUUCAUCAAAAUAGAAAGUUAAGGUCCCUGUAUCCUAUCAUUUUUUAUCUUAAUGUAAUUAUUGAUGUACAUUGAGUUUUAUUGCAGGUGAAACCAUUUGGAAAGAAAUUAGCAAAACUGAUUGACAGUCUCUGAAGACAUAUCCUCAUGCAGUAUCCUCUUUUAGUUUAGUUCUAACUUUUUUAGUUAUCUGUUUUCUAGUUAUCUGUCUGCAGUAUACAUGAUGAAUAACAAGUAAAAAGAAAAUAUUAUUCAUCACUGAAUACUGCUGGCCCAUGUAAAAUUUGGAGUUGUUAAGCAGUCCUGGAGUUAAUUCUUUUCUCCUCAGCAGUAAUCCACUGCUUAUGAUGUCUGUGGGAAGUAUAAAACUGAAAACUGUAUACAGCCAAUUAUGGUAUGUGUAUAGACAAUUUUUAGUAUCAAUAUAAAAGUAUAUUUACACAAGACGAAAAAUUGAAUGUGCUAUAUCAUAGCAAUGUUGUACUACAAGGAGCAUUUUACCAUUGGAUAUGAGAAAAGCACUCGAACAAGCUUCACACUUUGUAAAUUAUGCUUCUAGAAAAGUGAUUAGAAAGAAAAAUAAGAAUUAACUCUUGAGUGGGCACGACAUUUUUUAUAAUAGGAGCGUACGUGUGGUGUACUUUGUACACAUGUAAAGAGGAGCUGUCUUUAUGUUACCAAGGUAAAUACAUAUGGGCAAAAUUAGUUUGGUCUUAGUUUAAUCAAACAGUGAUAAAAUAAACUUACAUUAUAUGAGCUGAAUCAUUGUUUAACUAAAUGAUAAUGAAAUAAACUUUCAUUAUAUCACUCAGCUGCCAUAUACAGGUGUUACCCCAUUGUAAUGACCCACUCGACGCAAUAAACAGCAUAGUUGCAUCAGAUUCCAGCCAACUGCCUAUUCGAUUGCUAAUCAUGUCGUAGACAAGUGCCUCAUUGUGGGAUUCUGCUGCUAGCUCAGAGUCUGGAUAAUUUUCUUGCAUGGAUCAUAAAUAUUUUCUCACCUAGCUCCCUGUUUAUUUUAUAUUACUGCCACUCUUUUGGACAUAAGAAGUGCAACUUAUCACUAUGUUAGCUGAAGCAAUAAUGAAGGAAUAUAUAUCUGCUCUCAAUUGUAAAACCAACAGUGGAAUGGUGCAAGACAGUGUUAUCUGAGGUUUGCACAUACAGGUGUGCCCACUCGAUGGUUAACGAUAUUUUUGGACUUUCCACCAUUUAAAUCCAACUGUGUCAUAAUAGCAUUUUAUGUUUGAGUACACCACUUCUGCAACAGUUCUGCCUAUUAUAAGGUGACUUCUUGACAGAAGCUUGAUUUGGUAUAAUUACUAUUUACAUAAAACUAUUUCUGAUAGUCUACAUGAUUAGCGCAGUACCAGUGUCUUAUUUUUUCUUGUAAAAAAUUGUAUACCUUCCUGUGUCAGCUGCAGCAAAAUAAUCCCAAUUAUAAAAAAAUUUCUCAGUUGUUGCCACUUCUUAGGUGUUGCAGAACACCAAGUGAACAGUUAUUUGGGAUAUUGUUUUGUUAUAGAUUCAUUGGAAAAUUACAAGAAAAUUUCUGCAAAGAUUUUUUAAAUAUGUUAUUUCAUAAGUCUUUCAAGUAACAUUGGAAAUGUGAAUCCUUUUAAAAAAUCAUAAAUGCAUUUGUAGUUACGAAGACACACUAUAUUAAUCAAGUUAACAGAUUUAUUGAAAAUGAAUGUUGAAGCAUACAGACAGAAGGAGAGCCAAAAUCAGUAUUAGGAGAUAAUGUCUUGGCACUAAAAUCUGACAUGUUCACUUGAUUGCAUUAUCUGUUUAGCCCUUGUGUUUCACUGAAUGAAGAAGUACUUGUUGUCUUGUUGUUGGUAAGGUGAUGAUUGUGCUGCUCUGAAAUCCUGAUGCUAUGAAGAACUAUUGUCCAACUAUAUGGGGUGACUUGUGUGAAUAAAUAUUAAAAUACUGUCAUUGGAAGUCUUAAGGGUGCCGAACUCAGAACAGUAUUAAUAAAAGGUUACUGAAAUGCAAGAUUUUUUGUGCUCAGAUUUUGGCAUUUUCUUCACGACCAGUAAAUUGAAAUUAGCAUAGGCAUAAGCAAGUUACUUAAUCUGUCGGGCAUAGACUCAUAUAACAGCACAGAUAUUUUCACUGCAUUUAAAACUGCUGCUCUUUUCCCUGUAACUGUUUGUGUGUGUGUGUGUGUGUGUGUGUGCGUGCGUGCGUGCGUGCGUGUGUGUGUGUGAGAGAGAGAGUGAGUGAGUGAUUGAGAAAGAGAGAGAGAGAGCAGUAACUCUAAAUCUUGUAAAAUUUUGUAUGGCAUUGUGUGGGUCUCUGUGCCACCCAUGAAUUAAUUGCUUGUUUGUAAUGUGCCCUUGUUUUUGUUUACUGUCUCUGUCCUGUAAUUUCCAUUAUCGUAAUGUUUAUGAGUGAUGUUAUUUACAACUGCUUUGUUUGUUGUUGAUGACCAAUGCUUUGUGCAUAUGCUGUUGUAGAGCAGGGUGUCUGGUUACCGUUAACAGAUUUUCUGACAUUCGAACAGUAUACUAUUAUCCAUCAGUGAUGUUUUAAAAAAGGCUCAAUUCCAUCAGUAUAUUUGUGUCAAUCAUGGUAAAUCAUUUUUUUUAUUUUUUUCUGCUAUGGAUUCUAUUACAUCAAUGUAUCCCAUAUACCCUUAUAGUGACAUGUAAAAUAGUGUGUCAUAUGCUGUGCUGGAAUAUGUUAGAGGAGCAUUUCUUUUAUUAAAUGUACUUUUGGAUUGAUGUUAAAUGUUAUAAAUAAUAGAAGAAAAGAAAGUAGUUACUUGGUACUGCAAUGGUAGUAUGUGUUAGUUUUUAUGCUUUUUCUGUCUACAUAUUACUCCUCUGAAAUUAGCAUUUGCCAUAUGUGGAACAUUUUAGUGACAGCAAUAUUUCUUCUAAAUAUAUUUUGGUGUAUGUGCAUCCUACGAAAAAUUAUGAGAAAAUUAGGCUCAUGGCGUGGAGUAUUUCGUUUUCUUGUGAUUGUGUUUCACAUUUACACCAAAAUUCACAGUGUCUCCCCAUACUCAUAUUCCUCUUUCUCCUUCUCUUGGUCAGUGUGAAAGAGAAAAACCAGAUUCAUUCCAGUUUAGAAAGUGAUAAUUUAUUGGCUCCAAUACUGAUACAUUUGCAAAACCUGUCUGUAGUAAUAUUUUUUCUGACAAUAAUAGUAUAUGGUGGGAUAUAAAUUUAAUUUCAUUUAGUGAUUGUACAUAAGGCUUGUGAUUGCCACAUUUCAGUCCAUAAAAUAAUGGUCUUUCAGCUCCUUUAUCUCAGCAGUUGAUUGUGUCGAAUCACAUCUGUGACUGAGGUACAAAAUAUAUUUCCCUAAAUGUGCUGCAUUUAUAGUUUGUUGAGUAGGACUCAUAUUCAAGCCUGUUUGCAAUAAAUUAAAAAGUGUGAUACUAAUUUGUAUUCACUCUGCGUUAGUUUGUAUUUUACAGUCAUGUCGUUUGGCUUUUUUUAUAUUCUAUAAUUUCAGAGAAAUGCCGUGUAAAUUUUUAAUUUCUAUGACUUGUGUUUUUUAUCUCAGCCUUCUCUCAGUUAACAGUGUUACAAAUCAUUAAAUAUAGGGCAAAACUUUUCCUGUUGGAAUACCAUUUAUUGAAGCACAGUUACAUACUGUAAAUUAAUCUAAUUUUAUGACUCAUGUUAUAUUGUGAGAUGUCUAUUUUUGUUCAUUUUACAGAAAUUU